GGAGCAGCAGUGACAGCCCGGUGACUCUCCUUCAGCCACCGCGCGCUCGGUUUUCUGUCCGCUCCCAGGGCUCCUCAGCCGGGGCAUGCCCCACCAUGUUCGACCUAAACGGCGGCUGGAACUUGUCUUUUGCCGGUUGCGGGUUUCUGGGAAUUUACCACAUCGGAGUUGCCAGCUGUCUGCUGGAGAAAGCGCCCUACCUCCUCAAAGGAGCCACCAAGCUGUACGGAGCCUCCGCCGGUGCGCUGACCGCCUCGGUGCUCGCCAGUCAGGCUUCAAUAACUAAAUGUUGUGAAGAUGUGAUCGAGGUGGCAAAAGAAGCCAGGAAGAGGAACCUGGGCCCCCUUCACCCCACCUUCAACCUGGUCAAGGUGAUCAAGACCGGCCUGAAUCGUGACCUGCCUUCUGAUGCUCAUGUCCUGGCUUCGGGGCGGCUGUGUGUGUCGCUGACCAGAGUGUCUGACGGGCAGAACGUGCUGGUGUCGGAGUUUAGCUCCAAAGAGGAGCUCAUCCAGGCACUGAUCUGCAGCUGUUUCAUACCCAUCUACUGUGGGCUGAUUCCUCCAUCCUUCAGAGGAGUGCGUUACGUGGAUGGCGGGAUCAGCGACAACUUGCCGCAGUCGGAGCUGAAGAACACCAUCACCAUCUCGCCCUUCUCUGGCGAGAGUGACAUCUGCCCCCGUGACAAAUCGACCAGCUUCCAUGAGCUGCGCUUCACCAACACCAGCAUCCAGAUGAACCUGGGAAACUUGUACCGCCUGAGCAGGGCGCUGUUUCCUCCGGAGCCUAAGAUCCUGGCUGAGAUGUGUCAGAAUGGUUAUAAGGACGCUCUACGCUUUCUGGAAGAGAACAACCUGCUGAUGCUGGAGCAUCCGACAUCAGGCCCCGCCCCUCCAGAGAGCACGCCCACCUGCUGCUGCAAACACACAGAGACCACCCAGGAGUGGGUGCUGCGGAGGCUCCGCCUACUGCGAAAACAGCACUGGUGGCUGGAUGAGCAUAUCGUUCUGCCCACACACAUUAAGAAAGUGUUCUGCGAGGCCUGCCAAGACAAACCCGGCCUGAUUGCCAAGGUGUCUGAGAUGCUGCCAGUGAAAGUGGCCUCCUACAUGCUCAUGCCAUACACUCUUCCUGUACAGUCGGCCUACUCAGUGGCCCAGAGGUUUGUGGAGUGGAUCCCAGAGGUGCCAGCUGAUAUGCGCUGGCUGAUCGGGGUGGCAGGUGGGAUGUACCAGCAGGCUUGGAAAGGAGCACCAGCCACCUCCAUGAGUGAGCCCUGCCUGAGGAAAUGCUUGAGCGCACCGCCUCUCUCGUCAGAAUGUGACAAACCCCUGCAGAGGGACACACCACCUGCUCUUUCCUCCCUGGACCUGCACGGCAGCUACUGGGAGAUCCCCAAAUCUACUUGCUGUUUGACCUCCUCGUCCCACCCUCAUUCUCACACCAUCCCCUCCUCUCCACAACAAGUCUGCUUCUUUGUUGGCUCGCAGGAUGAACCUCACAGCCCAGCACAGCAGUGAAAUGCUCCAGGACCUGCACUGUAUCAGUGAUCAGAUCUCCACUCUGGAGCUGGUGGAUGGGUGGGAAAACAUUUGAACCAAGAAGCAGUAGUGUGUGAAUGUUAAAGGAAGCACACUUUAUCUCUGACUCUGAACACACCAGACAGCACCAGUGUAUUAUAUUUGAAUGAGUGCUCUGGAAGACAGCGCCGCAACUCACUCAGGAUCAUGGAUGUGUUUAAUGGCCUUUUUUAAUGUACAGUCUGGUUUUGCAGUCUAACUAUAACCUACCUGUUUGUUUAACUUGUACUCAAAUGUAGCAUUUAGUCCCCAUUCCAAUACAGUUGAUCCAAUUAUGAGUGGCUCUAUCUAUUAGAGCCUGACUGAUUAAUUGGCCGGACGAUUUUUUUGGCUGAUUUUAGUCUAUCUCAGAAUAAUCAUUAUCAGCAAAAAGUUGGUCAAUAGACGCCGACAUUAACACUUUUAUUUUUCCUAAUAAAGUGCAGAGAACAUGUCUUUGUUUUACUUAGAAUUGAUGUCCUUGCACUAUCUAUCCAGUAGAGGGCGAUCUGCCCCACACAACACAUUACCACAUUGAUGUUUAGGACCUCCUUUGCCAAAAUGAAACACUGAUGCUAACUGUACUAAUCAGGACAGUGCAUCCAGUGUUUUCUGAUUAUCAGUGUUGUCUGUGUAUAUGGUCUGACCUUCAGUCUGUUUUUCAUCACUUCUCACUUGAAUGUAAAGUUAUGUUGUUUUACUGGGAUGUUCUCUUGAGAUUAAAACAUUUCAAAUCUGUCAAA